GUGUAGCUCCCCACCAAUAGAUGGAGCUAAAAAAAAAAUUAAAAAAAAAAAUAAAUAAAUAAAAAAAUGGCACCACUGUCCUCUCCCUCCACAUUCAUGGACUGCAGCGUCCUCUUCCACCGUGCGCGAAUGGCCGCUCCCAUCCUCCCCUCGCUCCUCUGCAAUUGACACUGGAAGAGGAUGGCGUUCACGGCCGCUGCCACCGCCGUCCUCUCCGCCUUGCUCAGUGUGUCACGGCCCGCCUCCCCGUUCAUGGCCAUCACCGGAACUGGUACUGUCGACGUGGGCAUCACGAAGUGCAGAAGACUCCGCACAACAACGAUGCUGCGAAUGACGACCGGAGUGCACAGCGUACACGUUGAUGACGAAGGUGCGUCUGCGAAGACGACAACGAUGACCCCCAGGGUCCCAUCCCAGCCCUCGUGUCUCCACUGCUGGAAUCUGACCCCUCCCUCUGUCGGCGAUUCCUCAGCCAACAUCCGCCUUCUCUCUCAUCAGCGGGCAGGCCGCGGGUUCGCGCUACCGUGGACUCUAGAUGAGUCGUUGUUGGACGUGGAGGGAGGUAUCGGGAUUCGCCCCUCGUGGAAGGGGACGGACGAGAGCAGGACGCGGGAAGAGCUCGAGGAUCAGAGACGUUCUUGGCAGCGAGACCCAUGUGGGUCCAGAGCUCCUCCGGGUGAUGUGGGCGAUGUUUUCGAGACUCGAGCCGCCACAUUGCACCCGUACCCUCGAGACGACAAUGAUUCCGAGGGUCACGAGGAUGAGGACGAGCCGGCGGGCCCCGCUACCGCCAAGGAGUCUGGGGGUCCUCAUGGGAUCCCUCUAGAGCGUCAGAGGCCUACGUCCACUGGCCCGUGGUCCGCUGAGCGGGAGAGAGAUCCUGAGUCUGUACCUUCGAGGGGGGCAGAGUCAGGGAUUGGCCAUCGUCCUGCGCGUGUUCGUACUUGCACGGCAUCAUCCACCGCUCUUCCCACUUCGACGGAGCAGCUUCAUCGACAGCCAGCCGGGGAUGAUCGAUUGCAGAGAUUGGUGCGGGGCCCGAGACAGCGAUUGGAGGACAGAUUAGAGGGCGGUCCUUCACCGGUGCAGGGGGACGACGGAGAUAGACAGGGGUUGGCUGGUGGAGAUGGUGGUGCGUUGGCCGGAGGUGGAGGCGGUGCCGAGGUUGCUGUGGCGGUUGAGGGGAUACCGAUGGGCGGCGGAGGCGGUUUUAAUGACUUUGGUGACGUGGGUAUGCCCCCGGGAGAGAGCGUGGGUCUGGCCCGAGGAGAGAGCGAGUCCCGUGGGGACAUCAGUGUGGGUAUGCAGGACUUAUUGGGACAGAUCAGCUUCGCAGACCCAAGUAGUUUCUCCCCUGCCAUGCGCACAGAGGUGAUGUUGGGGGCAGAGGGGGAUGAGGACCGGACACCCCGUGGAGAGACAUCUGCAGAGAGGCUGGAUAGGCUUAAUAGUCCUCGAGCUGGCCUCAUGGCACAGAGGAACCCCAGGACGCAGGAGCUCGCCCGUCUUGCGGCCGAGGACCGGCGGAGGCAGCUGGGGACAUUUACGCCGGCGUCCGUUGACGUAGCGCCAGCUGCACACACGGAUCCUAAAGGUUCACGACACGACGUAGCGGGAGGCGGCUUCAGCAAAGGUUUCGAGUACGGGAGUAGAUGUUCAUCAGGGGACGCACGAGAGCGGGUUGGCACCGACAGAGGAGCCACGUUCAGAGCCGGUGCAGCCUCCUGCCGUCCAGCUGAGGCUCGAGGAGACAUUGCACGAGGUCGCGAGCUGGUGCCACAUCAGGCACCGUUUUUGGAGGGUCAUCGGCAUCGUGCACAUGGCGGUGGCCCGGUCGAGGAGCGACGUGUAGGCAGGGGCGCGUGCAUACCCCCGGUCCCUACUUUUGCGUUGUCACGGACGAGGGCGGAGAUUAGGCUUGUGGCUACGCCUCGGGGCAGCCUCCCUUUUGGUUUUAUGACCGCUGAGGAGUUGGAGGAGCACGGCAGGACGGAUUUGACGGAGAUCGACCAGCGCAUUUUCAGGUCAGUCCCGAAGGAGGGGAAGCUGCCUCACGUGCAGGACUUGUCUUGGGGGCCAGCCAGCCCCAGCUUACCUUCUGGAUGUUCCGUCGUAGCGCCAUCUGGCGGGGCUGCAGGGGGCUUACCUUCUGGAGGUUCCGUCGCAGCGCCAUCUGGCGGGGCUGCAGGGGGCUUACCUUCUGGAGGUUCCGUCGCAGCGCCAUCUGGCGGCGCUGCAGACCCUUCGUCACCCUUGACCGCAGCUCCGAGGGAGGGCGGCAGUCUCAGCCCGAGGUCGGUUGCCCGUAGACGGACAGACACUACCGAGCGUGCGUGGACCUUGCUGGACACCAUGUUGUUCGGUCGCACUGAUCGGCCAUGGAGCGAGACGAGACGGGUGACGACGGCGAGCGUCGGUCGUCAGCCAGGUUUGAGAGGGGCUUCCACGAGCGUGAGACGUCGAGAUGUUGUAGCUUCAGGGUUUGGUGGUAGAGGCGGUGGCGGCAGUGCCAGCGGUGGCGACGGCGACAGCAGACGUGAGGGUGCAGGCGGUGCCGCGGGGAGCGCAGUGGAUCCGCCCCUGACGUACGGUUUGAGAGAGGCGUCGAUUAUUUUGCGGGAGCCUGAUGUUGUUACACGACCGAGGCAGGAGAGACACGUGCCCUUAGAUCGACGCCAGGAGGAGGAGACUUCAGGGACAGACGGUCUACCUAUGGCACGUGAGUCACGCCGACAUGAUGACCUAGCAGCCGCAGGCAUCAGGACCGUGAGAGGCAGGAGAGUCAUUAUGGACGACGACCCCGGCGAGCCUCCCGUCGCUCCCGAACCUUCCACUGGCAGACGCGGCGCCCAGCGUCAGAGAGAUAAAGGACGUGGCAGUGGUCGGUCCCACAGACGAGGUUCUCAUCGGUUCGAGCGAGAUCCACGUGCACACGACGAUUGUUGAUGGACUACAGACUUGCGUUUUCUUGGCUUUCUCAGUGUAGUUUAGUUUUUUGUUAUCCAUGACAGACGUAGUGUCUCGUGAUGUUGUAUUAUAG